AUGCACACCAUUGUCAGCGGCAAAGUGGAGAAGGGGUUAGAAGAAUCCGACAUUGUGCUCGAGGGUGAAGUGCAUAUGGGAGGCCAAAGCAGUUUUACUUUAGUACAUGUGUAUGCGGACGAAAGCGUACUGAUAUCUCAUGGUGGUGUUGAAAUGGGACAAGGUCUUCAUACGAAGGUGAUUCAGGUAGCUGCACUAGCUUGUGGCAUUUUGCACGAACAGAUACACAUCGACGAAACGUCAACAAACAAGGUUCCGAAUUCACAACCAUCAGCAGCUUCUAUGAGCACGAAUUUAUAUGGAAUGGCGACGCUGAACGCGUGUGAGCAGAUACUUGCACGCCUUGCACCUAUUUACGAUCGCUUAGGACCGGGCGCGUCGUUUAGCAAUAUCACGAAUGCUGCCUACAUGCAUCGCGUCAAUAUGUCUGCGCAGGGGUUCUACGUCGUUCCGAAUGACCGUUGCGCUUGCACCGUGGUUGAGUUAGAUGUGCUUACAGGAGACUUUCACGUGUUGAGCGUCGACAUCCUGAUGGACCUUGGUGCCAGCAUUACCCCCGCUAUAUAUAUUGGUCAGAUUGAAGGUGCAUUCAUGCAGGGAUUUGGUCUGUUUGCGUUGGAGGAGUUGGUGUGGGGUGAUGAUGGACAUCCAUGGGUGAAAAGAAGCAACCUGUUCACUCGGGGUCCCGGUGCAUGCAAAAUACCUAGUGCCAACGACGUGCCGCUGGACUUCCAUGUGUGGCUUGAGUCCAAUCGUAAGAAUAAGUUUGCGGUGCACUCAAGUAAGGCCGUUGGAGAACCGCCGUUGUUUUUGGGUUCCAGCGCUUUCUUUGCUGUCAAAGACGGCUAG